AUGGCGUCCGCUUCGGAAGGCACGCCCCUGCUGGGCGGGAGCGAUGAGUGGAAGCCGACGACGCGACUGCGCUUCCUCCAGUCCGUCACCUGGAUCAACGUCUUUCUGACCGGGUUCGACUCAACGGUGGCCGCCUCCCUCUAUGCGCGCAUCGCCUCGGACUUUGGCCAGGCCAACAAUGCCGUCUGGGUCUCGACCAGCUACCUCGUCACCGCCGUCUCCUUCCAGGCACUCUAUGGCCGCCUGUCGGACAUCUAUGGGCGCCGCGCUGCCUUUCUCUUUGGCACCAUCGUCUUUUCCCUCGGCAGCCUCCUUUGUGGCCUGUCGACGAGCAUGACCACCCUCUUUGUGUCGCGCGCCAUUGCUGGCCUCGGAGGCGGCGGUCUCAUGACAAUGGCCACCGUUGUGCUGUCGGACAAGGUGCCUUUCGAGCGGCGCGGCCUCUACCAGGCUGCCAACAACCUCAUGUAUGGCCUUGGCUCGGCGUCGGGCGCCUCUCUCGGCGGUGUCCUCGCCUAUAGCGUCGGCUGGCGCGCCGUCUUCCUGCUCCAGGUACCCCUCUCACUAGCCGCCGUCAUCGGGGGCUACGUCCUCGUUGAGAAUGUGACCCCGUUGCCUCCAGGCGACUCACUGGACCAAGCGCAGCCGCCGCCGCCGCCGCCAAAGGUCGACGGCCUCGGCGCGGCAACGCUCGUGCUGGCCGUGUCGACACUGCUGCUCGGCCUGAGCAUGGGCGGCAACGAGAUUGCGUGGUCCUCGCCGGCGUCGGUGGCCAUCCUGCUAUCGGCGCUUGGUCUCUUUGCCCUCUUCUUCCGCGUCGAGUCACGCGCCCCGGCGCCAAUCCUGCCCACGCGCAUGCUCACGGGCCGCAUGGCGCUGUCCAACGUCGCCACAAACUUCUUCUCGGGCAUGGCCGUGUACAGCUUCCUGUUCAUGGUGCCCCUCUUCUUUGUGGGUGCGCGUCUGGAGGCCCUCGACGUCGUGGGCGCGCGCCUGUUCCUGCCUGCGCUUGGCUUUCCCAUCGGCGCAUUCGUCGCGGGCUACGUCAUGUCCACUUACGGCAAGCUCAACCUCCUCGUCCGCACCGGCUGCCUCGUUCUUGUGCUGGGCUCCAUCCUGCCUCUCUCGUUCCCCGUCGACGGCCAUCCCUCGGAGCUCUACUACUUCUUCCACCUCAUCCCCGUCCAAAUCGGCCAGGGCCUUAUCAAUCCCAGCAGCCUCUUUACGCUCAUCGCCGCCUUUCCCCAUGCGGACCAGGCCGUGGCGACGUCGACGGUGUAUCUGACGAGGAACCUGGGCAACGUGGCGGGUGUGGCGCUGUCGUCUGCGAUUCUCCAAAACUAUCUCGUCGUCAAGCUGCCCGUCCUGCUCAAGCAUGUGCCCAACAAGGCCGAGAUCAUCGAGCGCAUCAGACACUCGACCGACGCCAUCAGGGACCUGCCCCUCGAUGUGAGGACGCCGGUGCAGCACGCCUAUGCAGACGGCAUUAGGCUUGCCCUCGUCGUCUCGACUGGCCUCGCCGUCGUCGCCCUCGCCGCCAGCUUCUGGGCCCGCGGCGUCGGCCUCCAGCGGCCCUCUCCCUCGUAG